AUGCUUUUGUUUCCAUGUAUCAGCAGGAGAAAGCAGCCGGUGGGCUCUCCACCGGGCGCCCCAUCAAACCCUCAUGUCCAUCCCACUGCACCGCCGGGGAACGACGGAGCGUCUCCAGGUUACUAUGUAACCGGGGCGCCAAUGCAGCGGCUGUGGCACGACGAUCCCACGGUGCAGCUGACCGAAUCGAUCGAUUCCAUGUUCGCGCAGAGCCCAUUGUCACAUCAGGUUUACCCUGACCGCGAUCUCGCCGACUACGAUUUUAUCUAUGAUGUCCUAGUUUAUACGGCCAGCGGCGGCAAGAUCCGCCGGCGACUCGUUGUUGAUUUCCGGACGGAUGUUAAUAUCAUGUCUGAUGCUGUGUACCGUAGGCUACACAUGAAAGCUAGUGCUUACGACGAAACGCAGUCGAUCCGGCUGCCCGGGCGCGGCGACGUGAAGCCCCUCGGGACGGUGGUUGUACAGUGGAGUCUUCUUGGAGAUAGCAGCGUCUAUCACACGCGAUUUUACGUCGUGAGGGGCUGGCAUAUGGACCUGGUGUUGGGGCGGCCCUCAGUAAAGGAGCACCAGCUGUACCGGAAAGAUGCUGGGGUAGUUUCUAGGCUCAAUACGUCGUAUCGACGUUAG